AUUGCCCUCGUAGGAAUUUCCUUCAUCCCUCUGUAUCCGAGCGAAAAUCCGUGGCACUUUGCUAGGGUUUAAGGGGCUUUCCGUGAAAGAAUAGCGGUGCACAGACACAGGUAAGUAGGGCGAGCACUGAGAGGAAGAAAUCAAUUUCACUGAAAAAUGUACAACUUGGGUACUAGAGAGGGAGAUGGAGUUAAGGUGGCCUUCAAUUAGGGUACUAUCAUUGGUUAGUGAUACAGAAGGUAGAAAACAACGAUGUACAAAAUCAAGCCUUCGUCAGGAGAACUAGAUAAGGACGGACGAACAUGUUUCCCACAGGAUUAAUCCAAAAAAACAAAGUGCUAACUGAUAUCUGAAACAAAUGUAGGUAAAAAAAACUUCUUGGACAAGAUUCUUCCACGUCUAGAAUCGCUGCCCAAUUGAAUGUUGAUGUCGGUGACAUUGAAUGAAGCUGGAAGAAGCAAAACAAAAACAGGAAUUCCUUCAACCGCAAUUACCUACCCCUAAUUGCAAAUGCGAGCGAUGCAUGAAGAAGGCAAAUUGAUGUAAUUGUGCCGUCAAUUGUGAUUUACUCACAUUGAUUAAUGAUGCUCCCUAGACCUGGCUCGAUGCGGAGGACUACCACAAACAGAGAGAGAGAGGAGAGGGAUUGUGACUAAUGAUUUGCAGGAAAUGUUUUGCGAAAAAAGAGGUGGACGUUAUUGGUAUUGUUGGGUAAACACAGGCAAGGAUGAAGUCCCGGACACUUGUCAGGUUGAAGACAACGUGCCGCUGAGUAGGGUGAUGGUUGAGCUGGUGGUUUAAUAGAGGCGUUAGGGGCGUAACAUCCCGGUGUUGUGGAACUGGACAUUGAAGAUGAUGUUAUUAUCUGUUUGUCUACUAGAACUAAGAUGGAGGAUAACACUCGACGCGCGUAAUAACAUCUCAUCUUCGCCCCUUAUCCUGGCCCUUUGUGGUUCCAGAUAUUGAGAGGGUGUUGCGUGAAGUGACAACCAAUCGUGUCCAUACUGUUUGUCUGCAUAAGGGUAAUUUUUUAAUUUACUCCCCAGCUAUCCAACUAGCCCAUUGUCCUCACCUCAAAGCUAUUCUAAUCUCAUCACAGCCAAUACCUUCCCUCUCGUCUCUCUCUCAACGCACCGUCUUGUGGCGUCCGGAAUAUCCGGAAAAAGUCCGCAAAACUAUUUUCCCUAAUUUUCGUUUGACACGUGCCAAAACUGUGGCACUUAAAUGCGAGGGCGACAAGACAUGCAAUCGACAGGUUCUCCGGGCCGAAAUGAGUGCAUAUUUGUGUGAAAUUGACAUCUUGGCAUUCGAAUCUGGGGGGGGGGUGCGGUGCGUUCGGGCGGCAAACCGCAACUCCGAAACUAGGAGGGUGAAAUUAUAACCUUUCCCUUCCGGAGGCCUAUACCUGUGAGGUUGUGUGAGGUUGGGCGGUUUUUACGACUCUCGGUGGAAUUUCCCUUGUCGUUUUCACUUUCCACGCAGGAGAUGUGUGGUUCUCCGCCCGUACCGGAGGAUGAAGAGUCGUUCGGAAAUACUUUUGCGGUAUUUCUGUGUGAGAGUCAGGGCGGUGGGGAGACCGGAGACUUCAUUGUGUAUUUGAUGAUCCCUGUGUCACGGUGAGAAGGGACAGCAAAAGGACCUGCUGUAUGUUUCAUUUCUCAUCUUCUGGGAACCGUAAUGACUUUCGCCCUGGAAUGGGUUCUUCGGGGGCGGGCCGAAGGUGUUCAUUUGGUUGUUGGAUGUUUCGUUGCCUUCUCCCCACUAAGUUUGAACCUUUGAAAAGGUCUCCCUCGUACGUUUGAUAACGUCUGCAGGAUAAAGUUCACACCCGAUGGAAAUGGAUAUUCGGGGCGUCAUUUUCAAUUCAAAAAAACGAAUGUGAAGGAUUCGGGAUGAUUCUGUUCUCGCUUAUCUAAAAAGGGAAGCGUAUCCAUUCGGGAUACGAAAAGGAAACGAUCGUUGACUUGCCAGGACAGGAAGGAUAAGGUAAGGUUAAGUAGAUCCCUGCUCUUUGGUGGAGGGAUAGUUUGCUGGAAGAGCUACUGUAUCCUCAAUAAAAGGGUUUAAACAUUCAAAGGAUAAGAAAGAAAAGGAAGAAAAAGUUUCAAGUUGGUUUGACUUAACCUCACUUAAUCGACACCAGAUAGAAUAUUUGGCCAAUACGCACGUGCUUCACUAUGCACUAGCCGAUCUGUUUAUCAACCUAAGAUGAGCGAGAAAGAGAGAGAGCAACACUAUCCAAUGCAAAAACAAAAACAGAUACCGAUACAGUGCAGCCCGAGUGCGUACAGCAUAGAGAGUAAGCUCGGCUUAUCAGUUCCCCUUGUUGGUGGUGUUAGUGCGAUCAAGGCACGCAAUCGAUCAUCACACAAGCGAUCGAUUGCAGUCUGUCGGUGUCGUCGUUGUCGGUGGUUUGGUCGGGAUCGCGUCGCGUCGUGUAAAAUGUGAAAUUGAGAAGAAAAUACAGCGAUUUUCAGGGAAAUUUUGUAAGAAAAUCAUAAUUGAAGCUGUUUGUGAUAGGGAAAGUAGUAAGGAAACGAGUUUAAGGCUUGAAAAGUAAGCCAAAAGUGUGUUGUUUUCUCGGGCGAGGAAUCAAGUGAAACUGUGGUAGAGUUAAAUGGCGUGGCCAUUUCGAUGUGUUGGUAGGAUAAAUCAAACAUGUGAUGAGUGGUACAGGAGUUCCGCUUGUUUUGGAGUUUUUUUUUUUUACUAUCUAAGGCGUUAAAGGUGAUGUUUUUGUUUGUUCAGUGAAGAUUUUGGCACGAAAAAAGGUGUCGUCGGGCGUUUUCUGUGAUCUCGCGUGUGUUCAUGUGUAUAAAAAAGGUAAAUUUGUGUUUGUGUAUGUGUGUGUCUCCGGAGUGUGCUAGCUGCCUUGUUUGCAAACGUGCUUUUCCAUUCGCGAGAAGCAAAAUUCGCCAAAAUCACGGGUGUCUCGACGAAGGCGGAAAAGUGAUCGCAAGUAAGGGCCUUGCUUUAUCCUGCAAGGUGUUCAAAGUGUCAGUGUUUCGGGAGGCAAAUUCUGGUCCUCCUCUUGUAGUGCAAAAAUUCAUCCAGGAAAAAGGAAGAAAAGCCGUAAAGUGUGUUUAAAGUUUUUGGCAAGUUUUUUUCGUGUUUCGCGAAAGGCAAACGAAAAAGUGUCUCUCCGGAACCCCCAUCUCCCAGCAGUAGGAUUAUGCACCGUGGGAUAAUGAAGAAACAAAUUUAACGGGUCCAACAACCAACAGUCAAGCUGGCGAAACGACCGAAACCGAUCGCCGCCACCGGUGACGAAAUGCUGGGCAAGCUGAAAAUGGCGGACAAGCAGAAGUAUUCGGCACAGGAGACGAUACAGAUCUACACCGACUGGGCCAACUAUUAUCUGGAGCGGGCGAAAUCGAAACGGAAGGUUUCGGACCUGUCCGCCGACUGUCGCGAUGGGUUGCUGCUGGCCGAGGUAAUCGAAGCCGUCACCACCUUCAAAGUACCUGAUUUGGUGAAGAAACCAAAAACUCCUCAACACAUGUACGAUAACGUGAACUCGUGCCUCACGGUUUUAAAAUUGCAUCAGGUUGGCGGCUUAGAAUCGGUCACCCCGAAUGACAUUUGCAGCGGACGGUUAAAGGCUGUGCUGUCGCUCUUCUUCGCUUUGAGCCGAUAUAAACAAGCGACGAAGCAGAAGUCCUCGCUACAGCUACAACCACCGCAACUUCAUCAGCAGCAGCAGCAGCAGCAACAGCUACAACAGCAACAACUGCCACAGCAACAUCAAACAAAGGUCGAAAUCCAUGCCGUCCCUGCCGAAAUGACGAAUCGACAACUUCCGGUGCCGUACGCGAAGGCGGGCGUUAAUGGCGGCACAGCGAUACCACUGCCGGCGACCGUGCUGGUCACGAGACGAUGUCCACCGGACAAAGUGCGUCCACUGCCACCGACACCGAACCAACAGACGGGAUUGCAUGGCGGGUUGCAGAAGCAUACGCUUGGUACUGCCGGUGGCAUCAGUACACCCUCCGACGGCAAUAGCUGCCCUGGGAGCCCGCAGCAUCACAACGGCACGGCGAUAAUCACACAAAUCCCGAAGGGAAACAAUAGCCUACGCCUUCCACAGGCGACGAACUGCAAAAUUCCUGCCAGCCCGUACUCGGCCUCCAACACGCUGCAGCACAACAACCAUCAUCACAACAAUAACAACAACACCAUCACGCUGAUUCCGAAUGGUAACGUGACGAACAUUCCCACCAAUCCGGCCCAGCAGCAGCAACCCCAGCACCAGAAGCACUCGAUGCUGGACAAGUUCAAGCUGUUCAACAGCAAGGAAAAGCAGGACCGAUCCGCCCAAAAGUCCCAAAUUUCCAAGCGCACCAGUUCGAGCAGUGGAUUCUCGUCCGCCCGCAGCGAACGAAGCGAUUCCAGCCUAAGCCUGGACAAUGGACACCACCAGGGAUCGAUGCAACCGACGGUCACCCCAUCGUCUGCCAUACCCGGCGCAAAGAUCAAAGAGUCCGGCCUGAAGAAGCUUGACUCGAGCGCCUCCAAAUCCUCGCCAUCGUCCACCCUCGCCGGUAAAUCGUCCACCAAACUCAUAUCGUCCAAAUCAAGCUCGAAAGAGUCGGCCAAAGCGGCGGCCAAGGCUGAGAAACAACGGCAGCUGGAUCCGGCGGCAGCCGCACCGCAAACGCACAUUCCGCUCGCACCGCAGAAGGCGCAGAAAAUUCCGAUGGCGACAACCGUGACGACGAACUCGCUGGCGACGGCGGCCGGUGCGUCGGCGAUGGCACCGAAGGUGCAAGAUUCGUCCCGUCUGAAACUGGGCUCCGUGGGCCGAAAACUGGAUGCCAAAUCGGAAAGUAAAACUAGUUUGCACCAGCAGCCGCAGCUGAUGGCCGUGCCACAGUCCCCGAAAACGAUGGUGUGUCCCCAGCAGCAGCAGCAGCAGCAGCAACAGAUGCAACAGCAGUCAGCAGUUGGCACCGGUAUUCCGAAACCGAUGGCCGCAAUCAAGGGAACGAGCAAACCGUCGCAGCAGCUGCUCACACCGACCGGUGGCGCAACUGGCAAGGAGGAACUAACCGUGUGCAAACCGGCCACUGUCGGGGCGAUCGUACAGCCGCAGAUCCCGAACAACAACAACGCCAACGGCCAAGCGAUCAGUGUUAGUGGUAACAACAACACCAUGAUGGGUCAGCUUCUUCAGCAGCAGCAGCAGCAGCAGCAACACCAACAGCUGAUGGCGAAUGGCGCCAGUAACGGCGGUAUGUCCGACAGUAUGCACUCGAACUCCACGCAGGGUGCGUCGAUGGGUCAGCACUCUACCAACUCGAGCGAAACGUCCAGUGUGGUCGCCUACCGACCCAGCUCGGAGUCCGGUUCGGAACAGCUGCUUCAAUCUCCGCAGAAGCUACAUCCCGGCAAUGGAGCUUCAGGACCACUCGUGUACGGUGGACAGCCGGAUGUAAACCUCAACAACGGCAGUAACAACGGCAGCAGCAGUCCCGGUCACGUCUUCCACAAUGGUAACGGCAAUCUGCAUCAUAGUAGCAACAACAACCACAACUCCAACACCGCCAACAACAACAACAACCUCAACAAGUUCCACACCGUACCGACGAAGAUGCUCAACUGCUCCAGUCCGGUGGCCGGCAAUCAGACGACGAUCUACGAGCAGGAGGAAAAACAAAUCACCGUGCUUCCGAUGCGUCCGCUACUUCGCGGAUACAACAGCCAUGUGACGCUACCGACCCGCGGUACUCGUGGCCAUCAUCCACACCAUCCGCACGUUCACCACCACCAUCAGCUGAUGGCGGCAGAUUACUGUGAGGACUUUGGCGGCCCUGGUGGCGGUUACUGUAGUGAUGGUGACGCACUGCGAAAGAUCCCGGCCCGCUACUCGGACAACAUCGACAAUGGGUACCUGUCGGAGGGUGGUGGUGGAGGGGGCGGAGGUGCCAGCAUCCUGACAAGUGCAGGCCGUCAGCAGCACGCAUCGUACAUCAGCUCCCUGAGGGCACGCACCCAACUGCCGACGACCAUCGAGGAACGAUGUCGUAGCAGCCGUGGCGAUCAUCUGGACAGUGUGGGAACGAACCCACCUGCAAUGGAGCACUCACAUGUCAACGGCAAGAGCGCACGUCACAGCAGCGGCAGUUCGGUCGGGCCGAACGGGCGCGAAUACUGGGGCAAGCUGCCGGAACCAUCGCCCAUCGGGCACGGCAGCAACGGUGGCACCAACAGCCAGCACAGCUCCCAACCGCCCAGUCCGACCUCCUCCCGCAAGGACAAGACCGGCUCUAGUCCGGGUCAGUCGCGCCGUAGCACACCAUCUUCGAAGGGAAGCUCGAGCCGGUCCAAGGCGGCCGGUGGUGUCCCGCAGAGCUUUGGAUAUAUUAAACGAACGAACGGUGGCUCCAGCAUGCCGGGAUUAGAUCCACAUCAGCAGCAACAGCAGCAGCAGCAGCAGCAACAGGGACAAAAUCUGCUUACCGGUGGACGAACGGCUCACGUUUCGGCUGUGCCAAGAUCCAGCAAGCUGAAGGUAUCCGGCGGCACACAGACGACUACCGCUGACUUCCAAGCUAAAGUCCAGCAACAUCCGCAGUAUCGCAGCUUCUCGCUGACAGGACCCGGUGCCGCUCAGCUUAGCCAGUCGGUGAAAGAAAGGUUUGGCUCCGGAACGCACAGUUUACCUAAGCCCGGUCUAGAUAUGCAUGUCUUCCAACAUAGAAUGUCCAAUCGCGCCUCCGCCAAGCUUACCGAUGGUAGCCUCUCCGACACGCAGACCUACGCGGAGGUUAAGCCCGACUACGGUUCGUACGCCAUGUGGUUGAAGCAUUCGAAUACGGCCAGCAGCCGCCUGUCGGAAGGUGACACGCUGGAUGCGAUUUCGCUCGGAACGGCACCGUCGGCGGCGGUGGCCGCGGUCACCGGAUCACCCGGUGCCGUCACCCGACCGCACAAGCUGCUGCAUCAUACGCGCGGUGAAACGCAGCAACCGCACCUACAGCACCAGUCGGCCACCACCAACAGUCCGCGUCUGAACCGUAGUAACAGCAUCAGCUAUCUUAAAGAGAGGACCUACCCCAGAUCGACCAAAUCGGAGAAAAUGUAUCCGUCGAUGUUGAGCCGCGGUCCGGACGUGGAGAUUGAACCGUACUAUUGUCUUCCCGUCGGUACGGUUGUGCACGCGGGCAACGGUGGAGCCAUGGUACCGUGGAGUCAACCGACGUCUCCAACACCACCGGCCCGCGGAUUCGGUGGGCUGCUAUCGCCGACCCAUACCGGUGCACCGGGCAGUGGUGCUGGCAAUCGGUUGACCUAUCCGAAGAAGAACGAUGAAGUGCACGGCAGUCAGGCAUCGCUCCUUUCAGGAGGAUCCUCCCUGUACGGGUCGACCGAGGAACGGCAGGCAGGGGAAGUGCGUCGCCUAAAGCGCGAGCUGGCGGACGCCCGGGACCAAGUCAUGAGUCUUUCCAGUCAGCUGUCAACAAACGCUCACGUGGUGGCUGCGUUCGAGCAGAGUCUUUCAAACAUGACCCACAGACUGCAGUCGCUUACGGCGACAACGGAGAAGAAGGAUAGCGAAAUAUUGGACAUGCGCCAAACGAUAGAGCUGCUGCGGAAGCAAUCGAUCCAGGCCGGUUUAACUACCGCCCAUAUGCAGAGUAUGGGCGUACAAGUUAAUGGGCAGGUCAACGGAACGGCGAUCGCAGCUGAGCAGACGAAAGCAACGACGACAACAACCACCACCGGCACAGCCAACAGCAGCAAGGCGGUAGCAUCCUCCAACGCUACCGGUGGCUCAUCGAUGGCGGCUGGCGGUGCUGAAAUGCAACGGCACCAUAGCUCCGACUCUAUGUGCUCGUUGAAUUCGGUCAGUUCCGGCUGUUCGGCCCAGGACAAGAGCAAGCAGAAGAAGAAGGGUUGGCUCCGAAGCUCGUUUACCAAAGCCUUUUCGCGCAAUGCCAAAAUCUCCAAAACCAAUCGCCACGUAACGGCGGGCAGCAAUGGUUCGUCGGCUACGGCAGCUGCGGCGACUGGUGCCGCGGACGGUGGCAAUCACCAUCAUCAUCACCACCACCAUCACCACCAUCAUGGUUCGGUGCUGGAGAAUGGAACGUCCGGUGCCACCACUACCACCACCACGGUGAUGGGUGGUGGACUGAAACAGGCCGGAAUUCCACCGCCACCCGGUGCUGGACUGCCGCCUCCUUCACCCACCAAAGGAAGUCCGCACAAAACGAUGACCGUCAUUGACAAUGCCAAACCCGUCGAUGCGAUCGAACUGAACGGCAAUCCCGUGGUGGAAGAUCUCAAGAAGCAACUGCGCGAAAAGGAUCUCGUCCUGACCGACAUCCGGCUGGAAGCGCUCAGCUCCGCCUCGCAGCUCGAAAGCCUCAAGGACACGGUAAACAAGAUGCGCCAGGAAAUGAUGAACCUCAAGCAGAACAAUGAACGGCUGCAGCGGCUCGUUACGACACGCUCGCUCGCCGGCAGUGAGGUAUCGCUAGGUCCCGUCAGUCCGAGUGGUUCGAUCGGAGAGCCGCGCCGUUACAGCCUUGCGGCCGACAACGGUAUGGGACGAGCCCCGCUAGAGCUCCCACAGAACCUGGACGAAACGGAGGAGGACAAUAUCCCGCCCGCACCGGCCCCAGAACCCCCGCCAGCCCCGCUCAGUCCGGCCAUUAUCGCCGAACUGUCGCCCACAAUCGAGCGAGCGGCAAUGGUGAACGAGAUUCUCACAACGCCCGCCGAGGAUGUGGCCGAUCCGGUCGAUGGGAAAAAGAUUUCCAUCGCGGUCUAUCUCGGCCAGCCGGAAUCCUUCCCGAAGUACGCGGAAGAGAUGAACGAAUGUGAUAACUACUACCAUCACUCGUCGCCGGACGAUGAGCUGGUGGACAAGCUGGACGCGAACGGUGGUGAGAAGGGACCGAAAUCGUCCUCCUUCUCCCUAGGGAAUGGGGUAGAAACGAACGAGUUCGUCAUCGCGUACACGUACAUUUCGGGCAAGACGACCUGGCAAAAUCUGGACUACAUCGUGCGGAAAACGUUCAAGGAUUAUCUGUCGCGAAUCGAUCCGGGAACGAAUCUGGGAUUGAAUACGGAUUCGAUCACGUCUUACCAUCUUGGAGAGGCGAAGCGUGGGCCUGAGAUGGGUUUCCCGGAGCUGUUGCCCUGUGGGUACAUCAUCGGAAACGUGAAGACGCUGUACAUUUGUCUGCAGGGCGUCGGAAGCCUUGCGUUUGAUAGUCUGAUACUGCGGAACAUCGUUCAUCGGUACAUUUCGCUGCUGACGGAGCAUCGGCGACUGAUUCUCUGCGGACCGAGCGGUACGGGUAAAUCGUAUCUGGCGCGGAAGCUAGCCGAGUUCCUGGUGGCACGAGCGGGUCGUGAUAAUCCAAUUGAGGCGAUUGCUACUUUCAAUGUCGAUCACAAGUCUUCAAAGGAGCUGCAGCAAUACCUGGGCCAUAUCGCCGAGCAGGCCUCAAUGUCGAACGGAGCAGCCGAAGAGCUACCAGCGGUCAUUAUUCUGGAUAAUCUUCACCACGCGUCCGCUCUGGGCGAUGUGUUCUCCUGUCUACUAAGUGCCACAGCCGCUAAGCUACCGUGUAUUAUCGGGACGAUGUCGCAAGCGACGUGCAACACGACCAACCUGCAACUGCAUCACAACUUCCGAUGGGUACUCACGGCGAACCACAUGGAACCGGUGAAGGGUUUCCUGGGUCGAUUCUUGCGCCGCAAACUAUUCUCGGUGGAGUUGCAAAACCAGCAGCAGCAGCCACAGCUCGAGAAGGUGCUGAAGUGGUUGCCAACCGUCUGGCAGCACAUUAACAGCUUCCUGGAGACGCACAGCUCAAGCGACGUUACGAUCGGACCACGCUUAUUCCUUUCCUGUCCGAUGAAUCUGCCCGAUUCGCAGGUUUGGUUCACCGACGUCUGGAACUACCAUCUGGCGCCCUACCUUAUGGACGCCGUUCGGGAAGGUGUUCAACUGUACGGACGUCGCGGUGGUGCGUGGGUUGAUCCCUGCACGUACAUCCGCGAAACGUACCCGUGGCCCGUUGGUCCGACGACGGUGCCCCAGCUGCGUCAAAUCACAGCCGACGAUGUUGGGCUGGAGGCUAGCGCACCGGGUAAUUCGGAAAAUCAGGAUCCACUGUUAAACAUGCUGAUGCGGCUACAGGAAGCGGCGAACUACAAUGGAAACGCGGAACAGGACUCCGAUUGUGCUAGCUUAGAUUCGAACAUGACGCACGAUAGUUCGGCUGGUGCCGAGUAAGCGCUCCGAGUGCGAAAGAAGAACACCAAGAAUCAGGAGUCACACGUACACACCAAGAGAGAGAGAGAGAAGGAGAGAAAAGCAUAGGAGAUUUAACGAUAAAAGCAUACCUUUUAUAUGGCUUUUACGAUUUUUCGUAAGCCCAACGAAUCGUUUAAGUAAUCUACCACCACCCGUGCAAACGAGAUCAACACACGAACACUUCCGCGCAUAAAAAUCCGCAGUAGUAAUAGGUAAGAAAAUCCAACUUAAUCCUAUCUGUCGCACGGCCCGCUCGAUACCAUUGGAGGCGCGAAAAAGGCUAUUAAUUAAUUUCACUCCAAUGGUCGCCAAUUUGUGUGUGUGUGGGCCGCGACACCGAUACACCGGUAAUAAGGAUGAAAUUGCAGCCCCGUAGGUGUGUCUGCUGCACAGAGAAAAACGCACGUGUCAUCAUUUCGAUCGUCAUUAUUAAGCCUCAUUAACGCAAGUGAAGCCAUUAAAUUAAUUAACCGAGCCUUCCCGGUGCAUGUGAACGCGAGAGAGAGAAAGUGAGAGAAAAAACAGAAAAACAAUCAGGACCAAAAACGCAUAUAGCAGCAGCAGAAAGGACGAAACAAAAUCAGCACACCGACACACAUUAUACACCAACAUAUGUAGGGGGAGUUUGAUAGGGUUUAUUCGGUCUAGCCGAGUGUUGAAGUCGCCCCCAUGGUGUGGCCCGAAUUUUGUGAUAUCAAUUUCACAUGUGGGUUAUGUACUAAUGGUGGUGGUGGACAUUUGCAAUGGUAAAAGUGCCAGGUUUAAUUACUUAUUCCGCGAAUCAGACCAUCAGGAGGAAGAAAAAGAGCGGUGAGAGUAGCAGCAACAGCAGCAGCGUGUAACGCCAAAGCCCGAAACGUGCGUCAAGCGCACUCUGGUGGCCGGUACCGGGAAGCGAGAGCGUGUAAUGCGUUUUGCAUACCUGCCGGGGGCAAAUUGAUUAAAUGUCAGCGAGCGACCGUUGAUGAUGUGUUGCGAGUUCAAACGUGCGGAAAAUUGAUCGUGUGUUUGAUCUCGAUACAAGGGAGGAAUAGAUUUUACACUGAUUGUAAUGAAAAGAGGGAAAAGUAUUGAAAAAGCCACCCAUUUUCCCGCAACCCGUGGAAUAAUGAUGGCGACUGAAUAAUGAGUGUGUGUAAUAGUUAAAACGAAAAGUUGUAAUGAAAAAUACUGCCGCCUCUCCAUUUGAAAGGGACACAAACACACACACGCACACACCAAACCAAAAUGCGUUCAACGGAAACAAUAAUUGAAUUGUGAGAGACUUUUUUUCUGCUGCUAAACAGUGAAAACCAAUUCGGCUGGGGCGCAGUGUACAAUUGCUCGGAGUACCGCAUAUUUUUCGGUAAAUCGUGCAAUCGUGUAAUAAGCUUAAGAAUUGUAAAGCACAUCACACACACACAUACCUAUUCCUUCUCGUCGUUUUUUUCCACUACCACGUGAGUGAGUAACGUGUGUGCACGCACCAAUUUUGUGCGCCGUGAUUCUUUGGGUUUUCUGUACUAAUCGUGCGAAUCGUGUAGGUGAAGCAAAUGUGUUUUUUUUAUUUUGUAAAUAGCUAUUAACUAGUAAGGAUUAUCCUUUAACGAUAAACCCCCCCCCCCCUUUUGCAUACUACACAAGCAAACACACACUAUUCACACGUUAGUUUGAAGCAGUAUCAUACAUCAUACGAAGGUUACAAGCAACUAUCUCUAUCAUAAUCAAUCAGUGCGAGCGAGCGCGUGCGUUUCAUCUCUAGCUAGUGUAUGAAAUUUAGUCCCUAAAACUUCUUCUUAAGAAAUCGUGUAUAAAAAAACAAACAAAAGUGCUAACUUCAUACCACUUACACAGUUAAAAGUCAAAGUCACCAACAGCCCCCCUGCUAUCUAGCGUUUCUAUCUUGUGCUAUUCGUUAACAAAAAAAAGCCUAUCGUUCGAUUGUUUGUCGCUUCUAAAGCUUUAAUGUACCCGAUCCUCGUAUGUCCCCCGAGAUGGGGAGCCCUUUACUUCCUAUAUAUCCCAUCUUUCCAACUUGAAAAACAAAAAGUUACAAUGUUUUGCGAUCCAUGUAGUUUUUUCUUUCUUUGUUUUUACUGUAAAAUAGUGUAGCAUAAUUAUUAAUUCGCAAAGUGUUUUCGUGCGCUUUUUGUUUUUGCGCUCCGUUUUUCCCCUAUUACACUCUUUCUUCCAUGCCCUGUUGCAUACAAGCAUCGACCGGAUAAUCAUCUAACCAUUGCAUUGCGCAAACAAUACCACAAACGAUAUUACACUCAUACAACUCGUGAUAAAGCCAUUGGAAACUGAAAAUGGAACUAAACCUUUUUGUGAGAAGCAGAUCUUUGAUAAAAAGUAAUUCGAUGGUCGAGAAGAAGAAAACAAAAAUCACAAUAUAAAACACAUAACAAUAACACAGAAAAAGUGGCCAUGAAUGCAACAAUUAAAACAUUAAAACACAUAACUAAUAUAGCAAAAACAAGAUAAACAAGACAAAAACCCCCCUUCAUAAACCAUCUAAGAUCAAAAGUGGUUAGCAAGAGUGAUAAUACUGGAGCAGGAAGAGAUCCUAAAGGAAAAGUGAACGCAACAAGGGGCAAAAUACGCAAUCGAACACAGGCGAAAGAAGAGAGAAACACUAUGGAAGCAAUUUAUUGAUAACGGUGAACUUCAAUAAACGAAAAACAAACAGCUAUUAAAUUAUUAAA